UACUACGCGGGCCGCUGCCCCACCCCACCCGACCGACGCCGGUCCUCCCUAGCCACGGUGAGGUCCUCGCCCGCCCCAUCCUCGCGCGCCGUCGCCGCGGAAUUCGGCCUGGCACUGGGUCGGCGACCAGGCCCGGCUGUCCCUAAUCGAGCUUCAGUCUAAUGGAUUCUGACGACAAGAAGUUUGGCAAAGGACCUAAGGAGCUCACUGGUGCUGUUGAUUUAAUAAGUCAGUACAAAUUGCAGCCGCACCAUGAUUUCUUCUGCAAGAGGCCUUUGCCACUUGCAAUCUCAGAUACACAUUACCUUCACAAUGUUGUGGGGGACACUGAAAUUCGGAAAGGAGAAGGAAUGGAGCUAGAUCAACUCGUUCAGAAUGCAUACUUAAGGGAUAAGCCUCCUUUUAUUAAGACCUUUGAUAUGGAAACUCUGGGGCAAGCAUUUCAGCUUCGUGAAACUGCUCCAGUAGAUUUACCCUCUGCUGAAAAAGGUGUACCUACUAUUUCGGGCAAACCGAAAAGUGAGUCCAAGGACAAAGAGAAAAAACAUAAAAAACACAAAGACAAAGAUAAAGACAGGGAGCAUAAGAAGCACAAACAUCGACAUAAGGAUCGGUCUAAAGACAAAGACAAGGACAAGGAUAAGAAAAAGGAUAAGCAUCAUGAGAAGAAAAGGAAGCAUGAGGGGACGGAGGAUUCGGCAGAUGUGCAUAAGCACAAAAAAAGCAAGCAUAAGAGUUCCAAAACCGAUGAGAUGGGUAAUGGACUUAGUUAGCUACACUUUUCUUCUUACUUCUAUUGUCAAUCAAUGUCAUAUUCUGUUAAAAGGAGGCUCAAAAGGUUUCUGUCACCAGACCCGCUGCAGAUCAAUUGAUAUCAUGAAUGGCUGUUUAUUUGAAGGUGCUUCAGAUGAGCGUCUUGCCUGCUGCUAAUUAUGUUCUUGCAGUGUGGACCCUGUGGAAAAUGUAACUUGUAACAUGGGACAAUCCAACUGUAUUUUGCAACUUUUUGUCCCUCGCUGACUAAAUUGGUUGCCUUGUAGGAACAUUUAGAUAGGACUUCUAAUGAGAUUUUCUUUCUUAAGAUUAGAGAAUCUGAAUAGGUGGUUUUGAUGAGAUAAUUCUUAAGACUAGGAGCAGCCACCUAUUUCUUUUAGAUAGGACUUUUAAUGAGUUUUUCUUAAAGAUUAGAACAUCUGGGUAGUUUGUUUGUGAUGAGAUAACUAGGAGAAUUUCGCUAUUUUCUUUAGAUAGGGCUUCUGAUGGGAUUCUUUUAAAAUUCAGGACAUGUGUGUAGGUCCCUUUAACGAGACAUUUAUCAAAGACUAGGAGCAGUCCAUUAUGCUGACCAAGCCUGUGGUAAAAUCAUUGAUGUAGCAUGAGUUUGUAGUAAAAAAAUAGUCAUUGUAUGAUAUGGAAAUGAAGCUAUGUUCCUUGUGCCAA